CAUACAUUACAUGGCAAUUUUUUUAGCAUUGUCAAGUGUCAUUUGGUUUUCAAUAGUAUGUCGCUUGGAAAAUUUGGAAAAAUAACACUUUCGUGGUAAUUAUUUGCACAAUAAUUACUUACAGUAAUAAUUCCCAUAAAUUUGCUCUUUUUGUGUGUGGCUUGGGAUUACAGCCUUCAGCUUAUCAUUAUUCGUGUUAGCCAAAAGCUCUAUUAAUGACAAGCGUUUGGAGAAUAUGAAAUCUCGUGAACGCAUGAGAAAAUCUAACGAAGGAGAGUAUCCAGAUCUAUAUCGCAAGUUGUAAAAGUAAUUUCUGAGGUAACAUCUAAACACAUACAACAAAAUGGCCGCACCUCUGCUAGACCCUGCAAAACUGCAGUUAGUGCAGGAUUUGGAGAUUGAGAUGAUGUCUGAUAUGUACAACCGUCUUGUAGGCGCUUGCCACCGCAAAUGCAUACCUGUAAAGUAUUUUGAACCUGAAUUAGGCAAAGGUGAAUCAGUGUGCCUAGAUCGUUGCGUCGCUAAAUAUCUAGAUGUACACGAGCGCAUAGGCAAGAAGCUAUCCAGCAUGUCCCAGGGAGAAUCUGAGGAUUUAACGAAAAUCAAUCUCCAAGAAAAGAAAUAGUAGUUACAGUAAAUAGUUACCAUAGACAAUAACUUUGAGUUUUGUUGGAUGACAGUUUGUUUAGUGUUGCCAUAAAGAAAAGGGUUGAGUGUAUUUGGGGAAAUGCUGUUAAUUCUUGUAUUGCAAUAAAGUUGGCCUAGAUGUUCAUUUCUACACAAUAAUUUAUGAUUGAAUAUUUUCAUAAUUUUGGGAUAAAGAAUGGUUUCAAUUUGCUACAAGUGGUUAAAGUUUAAAUUAUAUAAAGUUUUGUUGGUAUCCAGGCUUAUAAAAAGUACAAAACAAUAUUUUCUGACACAUAGUGCGCAAAUAUACACCAAAAAGAUUUACCUUUUUUAUUUAGUGGUCACUUCUGUAACUGUUUGCAGUUUGAGUGCAUUUGUUUUUAUUUUAGUCUCAUUGUUAGUUAGUAAAUAAAACAAAAAGGAUAAU